AUGACUGCAACUUCUCUCAUCACUAUUACUCCCGACGAGCUCAGGUUUCAAUUUGAGCUGGAAAAGCAAACAUUUUGCGAUCUUAAAGUAUUGAAUAACACACAGGAGUAUGUUGCUUUCAAGGUCAAAACCACUUCCCCUAAGAAGUAUUUUGUACGGCCAAAUACAGGAGUUAUACAUCCCUGGGAUUCAUGUAUCAUCAGAGUCACUCUCCAAGCUCAACAUGAAUACCCUCCAGACAUGCAAUGUAAAGACAGAUUCCUCUUACAGAGUACAAUAGUGAGUCCAAAUUCUGAUGUUGAUGAUCUUCCUCAAGAUACGUUUACUAAGGAUAGUGGUAAUUCAAUAGAGAAUUUGAAACUAAGAGUCUCGUAUAUUUCCCCCUCCCCAACCGAAGGAGGCUCUGAAGAUGAUGCGAAGAAUUCCACACAAAAACUUGAUUCAUCUUCUGUGAAUGUCUUCUCUUCCACCAUCUUUUGUGCAAUUCAGUUUCAAGUUUCAUUUUCAUUCUUGAAUAUGAAGAAAAUGAAAAAUAGUUUCAAGUAUCAUUUUCGUUGUUGA